ACCCCACUUGUAUAUUAGAUCUCAGCGAUUUUACCAACCUCUCUCAAAUCCUUAACAGACCCAGGCAAAGGGUCCGGAACCGCAGAUCAACACUCCCACGAUACGGUAGUGCCAUGAGGAUUUCAUGUCAGGAGAGGACGGGGGACGACAGGGUGGUGUGCUAGGACGCUACAGACGCUGGAAAUUGAAUUCUCUCCUCAGCCUGCCUGCAUUAACUUGGGGAUGAUGGGGGUGUGGGCGCUGUGGCUGCUCCUUCUACUCUGCAAAUUCAGCCUGGCAGUUCUGCCUGCUAAGCCUGAGAACAUUUCGUGUGUCUUUUACUAUGAGGAAAAUUUUACUUGCACCUGGAGUCCAGAGAAAGAAGCCAGUUAUACAUGGUACAAAGUAAAGAGAACUUACUCUUAUGGAUACAAAAGUGAUAUUUGCCCAACUGAUAAUUCUACAAGGGGAAAUCAUGCUUCUUGCUCCUUUCUUCCUCCAACAAUAACAAACCCAGAUAAUUACACCAUUCAAGUGGAAGCUCAAAAUGCAGAUGGUACAAUUAAUUCUGAUAUAACACAUUGGAACUUAGAUGCCAUAAUGAAAAUUGAACCACCUGAGAUUUUCAGUGUGCAAUCAGUUUUGGGCAUCAAACGAAUGCUUCAAAUAAAAUGGAUAAGGCCUGUGUUGGCUCCUCUUUCAUCUACUUUAAAAUAUACUCUUCGAUUCAGAACAGUAAAUAGUGUCCACUGGAUGGAAAUCAACUUCACCAAAGAAGAUAUAGAUAGAGAUGAGACCUACAACCUCACAGGGCUGCAGGCUUUUACGGAGUAUGUUGUAGCUCUGCGAUGUGCCCCAGUGGAGUCCAUGUUCUGGAGUGUUUGGAGCCAAGAGAAAGUGGGAACAACUGAGGAAGAAGCUCCCUAUGGCCUGGAUCUGUGGAGAGUCCUGAGACCACCGAAGGUCAAUGGAAGAAGGCCAGUGCAGUUGAUGUGGAAGAAGGCAAGUGGAGCCCCGGUCCUGGAGAAGGCCCUUGGCUACAGGAUAUGGUACUUCCCAGAAAGCAACACUAAUCUCACAGAAACAGUGAACACCACUAACCAGACACAUGAACUGCAUCUGGGAGGCAAGACCCAUUGGGUGUAUGUGAUUUCUUAUAAUUCUCUUGGGGAAUCUCCGGUGGCCACGCUGAGGAUUCCGGCUGUUGAUGAAAAGUCAUUUCAGUGCAUUGAGGCCAUGCAGGCCUGCCUCACUCAGGACCAGCUGGUGGUGGAGUGGCAAAGCUCUGCUCCAGAUGUGGACACAUGGAUGGUUGAAUGGUUCCCAGAUUUGGACUCAGAGCCCUCCACUUUUUCCUGGGAAUCUGUGUCUCAGGCCAGGAACUGGACAAUCCAGAAAGAUGAAUUAAAACCCUUCCAGUGCUAUAACAUCUCUGUGUAUCCAAUGUUGGGAGACCGAGUGGGCCAGCCAUAUUCCAUUCAGGCUUAUGCUCAAGAAGGCAUUCCGUCAGUGGGUCCUGUGACCGAGGCAGACAACAUCGGUGUGAAGACAGUCACAAUCAUGUGGAAAGAGAUUCCCAAGAGUCAGAGAAAUGGCUUCAUCAGCAACUACACCAUAUAUUACCAAACUGAAGAUGGAAAGGAGUUCUCCAAGACAGUCAACCCCAACAUCCUGCAGUAUGGCCUGGAGUCCCUGACACGAAAGACCUCUUACACUCUUCAGGUCAUGGCCAGCACCAGUGCUGGGGGAACCAAUGGCACCAAGAUAAACUUCAAGACAUUAUCAAUUAGUGUCCCUGAGAUUUUCUUUAUAACUUCUUUGGUUGGAAGUGGCCUUCUCAUUCUCAUCAUGCUGACAGUGGCAUAUGGUCUCAAAAAACCCAACAAAUUGAAGCACUUAUGUUGGCCUGAUGUCCCCAACCCUGCUGAAAGCAGCAUAGCCACAUGGCGUGGAGAUGAUUUCGAGGAUAAGCUAAACCUGAAGGAGUUUGAUGAUCCUGUGAACACGGAAGACAGGGUUCUAAAAUCAUACUCAGCCCCCAGUGAUUUUAUUGACAAGUUGGUGGUAAACUUUGAGAAUUUUUUGGAAGAGGUUUCCACAGAGGAAAUUGGAAAGGAUCAGGAAAGCAUUUUGAGAGAGGAAAAAAAUAAGUAUGUGACUUCUCCAUAUUGGCCUUAUCGUCCUUCCACAUCAACUGAGAUUCCACAGAGAAAACCCCAACAGCUGUGUUCUAGAAUACCAGAGGGGACCUGCUUAGAAACCAAAGAACAACUUCUCUCUUCUGUUCAGAGUUUAGGGCCAGAGCAUCUCUGCGAGGAAGGAGAACCAAAUCCAUACUUGAGAAAUUCGGUGACAACCAGAGAAUUUGUCACAUGUGAAAAACCUCAAGAUGAAGCCAAAAGAGAAGUUUAAUUGUUGCUGUGGCUUGAAUCCCUCUGGGUCUCAGUGUGGGUGACUCCUGCCGAGAGCAUAUAUCAGGACUUGGCCAGAAGAGUUUCCGUGGGUGUCUCCCCCAACUUGCUUGUGUUAGAGAAACUCUCACACACCCCUGAGGGGAUUGUUGACCUUCAUUGGCCCAGAUGUGUAACUUCCCUGAGAAGGAGGGAUGGUCAUA